AUGACGCGUAUAUAUGACGCUUUGCCCUUGGCUAUACGAGAUGCUUUCCGAAAAAUAGCUCACAUCACCUCCACUUACAAUGAACAGUUGGACUACUUCAGAAACCAACCUGAUCGUCUGCGGAGUGACCACAGAGCUAAGAACGAAGCCCUCGACCUCGUAGAACUAUAUGGGCACCAAAUCAAAGCCGUCCAUGAUAGAGACAAGAAACACACCCUGCAAAGCAAACUAAACAAACUGUCAGCAAAUAUAACUGAAAAAGAACCACUGAUCAUUAAGAACAAACCCAGGGUAACAUACAAUAUUGGCAAUGUCGAACUAGAAGAACCAGCUGUUUCACUACUAUCUAAAGGCCCAAAAUUUGCAGUGCUAGACAACAGUAAAUCGGGACUUAAGAGAAAACUUGAGGAAGCAGAAGUAGGGUUGGAACGUUAUGCAUAUGCAGUGAGAUGGGCCCCAUUCUUACCACUACCAGACACUGAUAAGACGGCCACACCCCUGGAUCUGAGGAACCCUGAAAAGCGUAAAUCCCAACCUCCUCCGCGUCACCCAAAAACUGAGACGAAACUAAGAGACACAAAAGUUCAGAUACUGAAUGUGUAUAAACAACAUCAGCGGUCUAAUCCACAACAGACUAACAUCACUGAAGAUGAAGACAAGGCACUUAAGGAGCUGAAGAAGAAUAAAAACCUAAUAAUAAAGCAGUCGGACAAGGACAAGCAAUUCGUAGUCGUGCCUACAGAUGUGUACAAAGAGCACGCGAAAGAAAUGCUUGAAGAUACCUCCACAUACCAAAAGGUAGUUAAAAACCCGCUCCCAGCAAUGAUAAGUGAUAUCGAACUUUUAUGUGAACACCUGAUAGAGAAAUACCCUAAACUAGAAGGAGUUGAACCUUAUUGUCCAAGAUUACCUGAGUUUUAUGGUACAUACAAGACACACAAGAAAAUCAAUCCACCCCCACUACGACCAGUAACAUCACAAGUUGACUCACCAGGAGAGAGACUUGGACAUGCUACCAACCACAUCUUGAAACAAGCCCUUCAGUAUGUACCUGUUCACCUCAAAGACUCCACUGAGGCCCGACAGCGACUGCAACAAUGCUCAAUAAACUCCAAUCACAUGCUCAUAACAGCCGAUGUGAAGAGCCUAUACACCAACAUCCCACUGGAACAUGGAGUCAAAGUGGUCUCAGACUUUAUCAAACAUCACAGGGAUAAAAUCGAUAUGCUUGGGAUAGAACACCUUGACUUUGUCACUAUGCUGAAAACCGUGACUCAGUCUGCAUAUUUUAGAUUUGAUGAACAAUACUAUAGACAAACGGAAGGACUAGGGAUGGGAGUAAAACCAGCCCCACCAUUUGCCAUCAUAUACGUAUACUUGACAGUAGAGAAACCAUUACUGGAACAAGAUUUCACAUACAGUGAAGCUGAACCAGGAGAUAGACCAUCAAAUCUCAUGCCUGUGUAUUGCUGGAACAGGUAUGUUGAUGACUGUAUCACUAUAGGGGAAGGAACAGAAAAUGACGUCAGUCAACUCUUUAAGUAUGUUAACACGCUUAACCCGAAAAUUCAGUUCACAUAUGAAGCUAACCCUAAACAAAUAGACUUCUUAGAUCUCACUAUCCACUUGCAAGAGAACUCAGAUAAACCACAAUUCGAACUCUUUAUAAAACCGACAAGUUUGGGCAUAUUCCUCAACUACAACUCUGGACAUCCGAGAAGUACUAUUAUGAAUAGUGCUAGGAACGAGUUGUUAAGAGCAGUGAGAAAUGGGUCUACAGACGAAUUCAAACAACGUGGUGUAGAUAAAAUCAAAGACAUGUUACUCUCCAACGAUUUUACACCCAGUGUUAUAGAGAGGUUGACGAGGGAAAUAAACAAAGAUAAACCACCUAACCAGACACGACUGAGAAUCACACAGUACCUAAGCCUCCCAUAUGUUAAUGAAUACCACAAACGGAAAGUAUAUCAGAUUCUACGUCAAAAUGAUCUAUUGGACAAAACCAAAGUAUCAUUUUAUCCGGACAAGAAACUGGGAGAAAUACUCACUAGAUCAGCACUACACCCUACACCAUGUAACAAACAGAGUGCUUCAAAGUGCUAUGAUUGUGAUGAUCUAUGUAUGCAGAAGAACAUAGCGUACAAACUGACAUGCAAUAUCUGCAAUGCAAAGUACUGUGGUGAAACAGGCAGGUUCAAACGCAACAGAUGCUGGGAACACCUAAAAUCUGUAAGGAAUAAAAAUAACAAGACAGCCAUGGGGAAACAUUACCUCAUGUCACACCCUGAAAUAAAAGAAAUUCCUAUCGAACCAUUUAAAUUUGAAGUCCUCAAAUUAGAGGUAGUUGGACUGGAAUCAGAUGGGAGGAAACGCCUCACGUUGCGUGGUUCCGUUUACUCAGGUUGA